AUGCACACAUUUUCCACAUUACCCGUCGAAAUUGUUUAUCGAAUUAUGGACCAUCAAAAUGAGCAGACGCUAUUUUGUUCAAUGCAAAAUAUUUGUCGACGGCUCAAUCAGAUCCUGAGCACUUACGAGCGAUAUCGAACACUCACCACACUAAAUCUCGGCUAUAACGGAAUCAGUGCUGAAGGAGCACAACUCAUUACGGAUGCGUUACGAACGAACACGACACUCAUCGAACUAUACCUCGGCUGUAACGGAAUCGGUGCUGAAGGAGCACAACACAUUGCGGAUGCACUGCGAACGAAUACGACACUCACCACACUAAACCUCGGCUAUAACGGAAUCGGUGCUGAAGGAGCACAACACAUUGCGGAUGCACUGCGAACGAAUACGACACUCAUCGAACUAUACCUCGGCUGUAACGGAAUCGGUGCUGAAGGAACACAACACAUUACGGAUGCGUUACGAACGAACACGACACUCACCACACUUGAUCUCGAGUAUAACGGAAUCGAUGCUGAAGGGGCACAACACAUUGCGGAUACGUUGCGAACGAACACGACACUCACCACUCUAUACCUCGGCUAUAACCGAAUCGGUGACGAAGGAGCACAACUCAUUGCGGAUGCGUUGCGAACGAACACGAUAACACUCAACAGACUAGAUCUCAGCUGUAACGAGAUCGGUGCUGAAGGGGCACAACACAUUGCGGAUGCGUUGCGAACGAACACGACACUCACCAGACUAGAGCUCGACGAUAACCAUAUCGGUGCUAAAGGAGUACAACACAUUACGGAUGCGUUGCGAACGAACAGGACACUCACCACACUAGCUCUCAGCUGUAACGAGAUCGGUGCUGAAGGGGCACAACACAUUGCGGAUGCCUUGCGAACGAACACGACACUCACCACACUAGAUCUCAGCGGUAACGGAAUCGGUGCUAAAGGAGCACAACACAUUGCUGAUGCAUUGCGAACGAACACGACACUCACCACACUAAACCUCUGCGACAACAGAAUCGGUGACGAAGGAGCACAACUCAUUGAGGACGCGUUGCGUCGAAAUAAAAGCGUCAAUAUGGUGUAG